CAGAAAUACAUUUAGACCUAUUUCAUUGUGAAAUUAUCAAGAUUCUAUUUUUAUGAUCAAUGAAUUUUGAAAUUGAUACGAUAUGUCAAAUGAAAUGUGCAGUCGUGCAAAACUACGACCUUAUUUCUUGACAUAGACGUAUAUAUCCUGUUGUGAGUUUAAUAACUGUAAACCUAGCUUCAAGCUGGUUUGGUAAAAAGACGUAGCACUUCAUCAUGUGUUGUCGUGGUAUGAGUUAUUUGCCCUUGUUGUUGGUUCUGCUGACAGCAACAACUUUUAUAGUGACCUACAUCAUAGCAAUCGCAAAACAUGACGUGUCUCCAGACUUUCCAUACAUUAGUGAUACGGGAACCAAACCACCAGAAAGUUGCAUUUUCAGCCUGUUUUUGAACAUGUGCGCUGCAUUAUGUUUGUGCACUAUCUACGUUCGCUACAAGUUGGUGGAGGUGUUAGGGGAUACCACGGAAGAUACCAAGUUAAGAAGGUUGAAUAAACUAGGACUUGGACUCGGAAUACUUACUGCCCUAGGUCUUAGCCUUGUGGCCAACUUCCAGGAAACCAAUGUUGAAGCAGUGCAUUUAACAGGGGCGGCUCUUGUAUUCGGUGUGGGUGUGGUCUACGCUCUUAUACAGACAUCUCUGACAUAUCACAUGGAACCAGAGUUCAACGGAAAAUAUAUAUGCCGUGUACGACUGACCCUGACCAUCAUCUCAGCCCUGGUCAUGGUUAUGACGAUUGCCAGUGCUACGGUUUCAAGAAUGCAGAAAGACUCAAAGACGGACAAGCUGCACUGGAAACCAGAUGAACCGGGUUUUGCCGCUCAUAUUGCAAGUACGGUAGGUGAAUGGAUAACUGCCCUGGUUUUCCUCUUCUAUUUCUUAACAUUUGUACGGGACUUCAUGAGGCUAAAGAUUGAUGUCCGGCCCCAGAUCUACGUGAGACACCUUGAUGAAGAGCCCACAUACCCUGGCGAGUAUACCAGACUGCUUGCAUAGCCUUGUGGCACUUCUUCUAAGAGAACUAGGAGUGUUGAGACGUUUUAAAGUGCCGGUGCGAAUUGUCAGUGAAAAACUGUUAUUUUAUAGGAGGACCAUAUGUAUAAUAAAUGAUUUUGACCAGAAAUAAACGUUUAGUUGAAGCAUUAAGAUUGAAACAUCUGUUAUUUCAAGGAAUGAUAACUGUAGGUUUUGAGACUUGGAAGAAAAACAAUAGUUUUAAGAAUUUUUAAAGGAAUGAAUUAUCAACAUUUCUUUAAGCCUUUGGCACAUAUGUCGCAUUUGUUAUUACGGAGGACAAAACAGUGGUCAUGAUUUCCUCGUUGGAUUGUUGUUGUUACUCUAUAAGAGGUAUCCAAGGAGUUCAUUUUGACUCUAUGUACUUAGCUUUUUAUUACAAAAUAAUGAAAAUAUGGUCAUGGGCCAAGAUGGCUGAAGUGUACAUAUGUUUUCUUUCAGUUUACUUAAGAUUUGCUAAGAUUGUUUGGUUCACAAUGUGAUCUCUGACUUUUUUGUAUGACGAAGUUUUUUGAAGAGGACCAAAUAGCGUUAUGCGUAAUAAACGUGGAGGAGAAGUUGUUCAGGAGAAGGUGCUCCAUAUACACGUGGAGAAGAAGUUGCUCCAUAUGCACAUGGUGGAGAAGUUUGGAUUUAUUGCAAUAUAUUUCUUAUUUGGUGCCUCUGCUUUUUAUGUUAUCUUGUUCAUUGUUGUUUCAUAUUUUGUUGUUAUGUUGUUUUUAACAUCAUUUUUCAUGGUGUUAUUAUUAUAGAUUAAUACUAACAUGACUCAAUUAGCAAAGGCUAGACUUCAAACAGCGAUGAAGAACUUCACAGCAUGACUUUCAUUACUAAUUUUCAGUUGAUUCUAUUCUGUUCCUAGUAUAAAUUAUAAGUAUCCGGAAAUACGGAAAAAAGAUGAGUCAGUCAACACGCUGGUAAUUCCGAAUCUAACGGAAGAAAAAUGUUAUUGUUAUAUCAUCGAAACCAUAACAUUCAUCACAUAAUUUAGUCAUUACAAGAAAGAAGAGUUUGUUUAUUUUUAUUCAGAAAGAUAUUGCAGUUGUCAUAUGAGCCGCGCUAUGAGAAAACCAACAUAGUGUGUUUGCGAACGCUUUCAAAGCCUAUUACAAUUAAAGAAACCGUUAGCGAACAGCAUGGAUCCUGACCAGACUGCGCGGUGCAAAUGCAAAUGCAAACGCAAACGCAAUUGCACUACGUUGGUUUUCUCAUGGCGCGGCUCAUAUACAUAUACCUUGAAGAUCUGCGUGUGAAUCUGCCUUUAUAUAUUGUAUUGUAAGUCCAUAUAAGUAAUAUGACAAGUACAGCUCAACAUUUAUGAACAUGAGCAUUUGUUGUAUGUAUAUUUUUGUCUAUGCUUUAUACAUAAUGUGGUAUAGAUUCUAUUGUAUUUGUUAUUUGAAAGAUUUAUUUUAUGUAUAUCAGCCAUGACCCAUACGUUUUGGCAUUGUCCAUUUUUAUCGACCUGGCGGGGCGGAGUUUCGCGACGGUCCACCGCAUUAUUGUGCAGGAUAUGUCCUGAUUUCUUAUUCAGUGGCCAUCUACUUCACAUUAUAACCAGUGUAGCGUUGAAUACAAGAUUAAACAAUUAUAUUGUUCUAACCUAUUUUGCUCGUUUUUUGAGAUUACUAUUAUUUGCAUAAGUCAGAGAUUAACUCCGCCCCGCCAGGUCGAUUAAAACGGACAAUAUAUGUAAAUGAUUCAAUCAAAAGAAGAACUCUAAUCAGAUAUACUAAUCAGAUUGUUGCAUAUAGUUUGAUACAGUAUUGCAGCUCGAAUUUAAUGUUACAUUCGGAAUAUUAUCUUAGUGCACUAAACUGGCGUUUAUAUCGCGUCUAGAUGGUUUCUGUAACAUUUAGUAUCCGAAAGACGAGUCUGGCGCAAAAAGUAACAGAACCACAAAAAGCCCACAUAAACAUAUAAGUGUAAUUGCCCCUCAUUUCUUGCCUAAAUACAAAAUAGUACAAACUGACCGACUAGGGUAAUACAGACUCAGAAAACACCGAGUCAAUGCUGAUUCAAAUGUAUCAACUUGUUUGGUAUAACCUUGUUUUUUUUCAAAACAUAUGCUUUUUAAUCAUACAUUUAGUUUCUUUUUCUCAUGAAUUGGGAAUUUUGAUCAUGUUGUCAUUGAUUUAUAUAAAGUAAUCAUCAUUUAAAUGAUAAGAGUUGUGAUUAAUUUAGCCGAGUGUUAAUCAGCAAAUAGUCUCGUCAGUUUCAUAUAUCUUGUCGAUCAUUGUUUAUUAGUCCCCUACUGGUUGAAAACCAGUUUCGGGGACUAUAGGAAUGCGCUUUUCCGUCCGUCCGUCCGCAAUUUCGUUUCCGGUCCAUAACUCUGUCAUCCAUGAAGGGAUUUUAAUAUUACUUUGCACAAAUGUUCCUCAUAAUGAGACAACGUGUCAGGCGCAAAACCCAGACCCCAAGCUUAAAGGUCAAGGUCACAGUUAGAGGUCAAAGGUCAACAGGACUUCUUUCCUGUCUUGUCCAUAACUCUGCCAUCCAUGAAGAGAUUUUAGUAUUACUUGGCACAAAUGUACCUCAUAAUAAAACGAUGUGUCAUGCACAACAUUCAGAUCCCUAGGUCAAAGGUCAAGGUCACACUUGGCAAUCAAAUGUAAACAUGAACAGGGUCUGUUUCGUGUCCGGUCCAUAACUCCGUCAUUCAUUUAGGGAUUUUAAUAUCACUUGGCGCAAAUGUUUCCCAUGAUAAGACGACGUGUCAUGAGCAAAUCCCGGACACCUGGCUCAAAGGUCAAGGUCAUAAUUGGAGGUCAAAGGUCAACAGGGCUUUGUAAACUCUGCCAUCUAUAUAGGGAUUUUAAUAUUACUUGGCACAAAUGUUCACCAUGAUGAUACGACGUGUCAUGCGCAAAACCAGGCCCCUAGCUCAAAGGUCAAGGUCACAAUUGGAGGUCAAAGGUCAAUAGGUUUUUUUAUCCUCUCUGGUCCAGAACUCUGUCAUCCAUCCAGGAAUUUUAAUAUUACUUGGCAUAAAUGUUUCCCAUGAUGAGAUGACGUGUCAUGCGCACAACCCAGAACCCUAGAUUAAAGUUCAAGGUCAUACUUGGAGAUCAAAGGGCAAUGGGACUUUUUCCUGUCCGGUCUAUAACUUUGUCAUGCAAAACAGGAUUUAAAUAUCAGUUCGCACAAAUAUUCCCCUGGAUGAGGCAAUGUGUCAAGCGCAACACCCGAGCCCUUAGCUGCAAGGUCAAGGUCACACUUGAAAGUCAAAGACCAAAAGGGCUUUUUUCCUGUCCAGUCUGUAACACAAUAAUCCUUAAAGGGAUUUUGAUAUUACUUGGCACAAAUAUUCACCACCAUGAUACGGAGUGUCAUGCGCAAGAACCUGGUCCCUAGGUCUAAGGUCAAGGUCACACAUAGAGGCCAAAUGUCAGAUACAAGAAUGUCUUCGUCCGGAGCAUUUCUUCUUCAUGCGUGGAGGGAUUUUGAUGUAACUUGGCACAAAUUUUCACCACCAUGAGGCACCCUUGUUUUUAGAAUUACGUUCCUUUGUUUUACUAUAAAUAGAUUAUAUUGUAACUUAUUUAUUACUGGCUGUAGGAAAAAAUUGAGACCAGUUUUCUGUGACACAACAUGCAUGUUACAUCCAAUUUUUAGGAGCAUUUUGACCUGUCUCUACCUGGUAAAGAGUUUCCUGUGGACGUAUAUUAUAUAGAUUUUUUAAGGAUUAAAUUCCCUUUGUUGUUACUAUAGAUCACUUAUAUGAAACUUUUUUUGAUAAUCGGCCAAAAAAUGCCAUAUGUAAACAACUGUAGGUUUAUAUAUAUAUAAAUUUUAAUCCAAGUGUUUUAUUAUAACAUAUUGUAUAUAUAGUACAAUAUUGUUUAUACAUCAUUGACAGAUAUCAGUUCAUUAUGUUAUACUGCAGUAGAGAAAAUUAGGUGCCUUCCAGUAGGGGACUUUGUAUUGCAUGGCAAUACUUCAUUCACAUGUUGUAUUGUCAGUUUGUGCAUUUUAAACAUGUUUUUAUCUUUGAUAAGCACAGUAAAGGCAUGUCUGUCGUAGCAUUGUGAUAUAAUAUAGUGCCCAUUCGCUUUGCAUUAAUAAAAAAUUCUCAUUUAAAACA